AUGCCCGGUCAGCUGGCCGAUGACGCCGCCCGCGGCCAAGGGGCGCCUUGUCCUGGCGCGGGCGCGAGCAGCCCAUGGCACUCCUUCUCACGCACCGAAGUGGAGGAAGGGAGACGGGCGUCCGGAUCCACUCAGUAUGUUUGGAGAGCAUCGUACUGCGCGGGGUGGAAAAAGAACAUACCAUUUUCGAUCUACGAGAGGAUCAGCAACGCCAUUUUGUCGCUGGAGGUUCCCAGUUAAUACUGAUCCC